CUAGUAAUGCCUAUAUUAUUUUGUUUGUUGACUAUAUUGUGCAUUUAUAUGACAUUAUGCAUUUGUGUUGAAAUUCAAGUAUUUGAACAUACCAAUUCAAUUUCAAGAUUCUUGGUUUUUCUUUGAUCAAAUGCUGAUAUUCUUCACCUGAGAAAAUAGAAAAAAGGUUGAAUAAAGGGUCUGUGACGUAUAGCGGAAAUUUAGUACACCGAGCUGAGCUGCUUCUUUCUUAUGUGUCAAGUUAGUUGCUUCAGUGUUUCAUCUAGCCAAUAAUCUUGAUUCGAAAAACUGAGUGUUGAAGAGUCAAGUUUUUGGACAUAUAAUUCAGAAAAUUCAAGAUUCUUGAUUUUUCUUUCAAUUCUACUAUUUCUCAGCUGAGAAUAAAGUAGAAGAGAAAUUCAAAAAAACAAGAAACCGCUAUUACACUAAUGGAGGAAAGACAGAAAAAUGGGAGUUUGGUUUUUGCAGUUAAUGGAGAGAGGUUUGAGUUGCCAUGUGUUGAUCCUUCUACUACUUUGCUUCAGUUCUUGCGGUCUGAGACUUGUUUCAAGAGUCCUAAGCUUGGUUGUGGUGAAGGUGGUUGUGGGGCUUGUGUUGUUCUAGUAUCCAAGUAUGAUCCCAAUCUUAAAAAGGUAGAAGAUUUUAGCGUGAGUUCGUGCCUUACUCUUCUUUGCAGUUUAAAUGGCUGUUCAGUUACUACAAGUGAAGGCCUUGGGAACACCAGAGAUGGUUUUCACUCUAUUCAUGAAAGGUUUGCCGGUUUCCAUGCUUCUCAAUGCGGCUUUUGCACUCCUGGCAUGUGUAUGUCAUUUUUUUCAGCUCUCGUCAAUGCUGAUAAAACAAACAAGCCUGAUCCUCCACCAGGAUUCUCUAAGAUUACUUCAUCUGAAGCUGAAAAGGCCAUAGCAGGGAAUCUUUGUAGGUGCACUGGAUACCGGCCCAUUGCUGAUGCCUGCAAGACAUUUGCGGCUGACGUUGAUAUAGAGGAUUUGGGGUUCAAUUCUUUUUGGAAAAAGGGAGAUUCCAAGGAAAUGAAAGUAAGUAAAUUACCUCCCUAUGAUCCAACCAAGAAUUUUAAUACAUAUCCUGAGUUCUUGAAAAGUGAAUCCACCACGAAUUUGGUCUCCGCAAGGUCCCCUUGGUACAGUCCUGUUUCCAUUGAGGAGCUACGGAACUUGUUGAACUCCAAUAUGACGGAAAAUGGUGCAAGCUUUAAACUUGUCGUUGGCAAUACUGGCACUGGUUAUUAUAAGGAAACUCAGCGAUAUGAUCAUUACGUUGAUCUCAGGCAUGUUCCUGAACUCUCAAUCAUCAAAAGAGAUCAGACUGGCAUUAAAGUUGGAGCAACUGUGACUAUCUCAAAGCUUAUUUCAUUCUUAAAAGAGGAAAACAACGUCAAUUUGGGUUCAUACGGGACGUUGGUGUCCCAAAAGUUGGCUAACCACAUGGAGAAGAUUGCUUCGCCAUUUGUUAGAAACUCUGCUAGUGUGGGAGGAAAUUUGGUUAUGGCACAGAAGAAUGGUUUUCCUUCAGACAUUGCUACAUUAUUUCUUGGACUUUGUGCUACUGUUAGCUUGAUGACCAGUCAUGGACAUGAAAAGAUCACAUGGGAGGAGUUAUUAACGAGACCUCCUCUAGACUCAAGGACUGUGCUUGUAAGUAUUAGCAUCUCAUUUAAGAAAGUUCAAAGUUCUCUCCAGACUCAUUCUAAAUUUCUGUUUGAAACCUAUCGGGCUGCUCCACGACCUCAUGGGAAUGCAUUGUCAUAUGUAAAUGCUGCUUUCCAAGCUGAUAUUUCUCCCUGCCAGAGCGGCGUCCUGAUAAACAAUAUCCAGUUGGCAUUCGGUGCUUAUGGCACAAAACAUGCAACAAGGGCUAAAAAUGUAGAGGAAUACCUAACGGGGAAGAUACUAAACGUAAAUGUUUUGUAUGAAGCACUUAAAUUAGUCAAACUAGCAGUGGUACCAGAAGAUGGCACUUUACACCCCGAGUACAGAUCAAGCUUGGCCGUCAGUUAUGUUUUCGAGUUUCUUUACCCCUUCACUGAUGUUCAUUCUGCUAUUUCUGGUGGUUUACUCAAAGGAAUUAGUGACAUAUCGGUUGAGGAACUUUCCAAAAGUAGUAAUGAUGGUUUCAUUAGUCAGGGGAGAGAACAAACACUACUGUCUUCUGCUAAGCAGAUCCUGGAAUCAAGCACUGAGUACUAUCCAGUAGGUGAACCUAUGAAGAAAGUUGGAGCUUCCAUGCAAGCUGCUGGUGAAGCUGUUUUUGUAGAUGACAUUCCUUCACCACCAAAUUGCUUGCAUGGAGCAUUUAUCUAUAGUACAAAACCAUUAGCAGGUGUAAAGGGAAUCCAGCUCGAGUCUAACAGAUUAACAGAUGGAGUCACCGCGGUUAUUACUUUCAAAGAUAUCCCAAGCGGAGGGGCAAAUCUAGGAGCUGCUACAUCUUUUGGUCCUGAGCCCUUAUUUGCAGAUGAUCUCACCCGAUACGCUGGCGACAGAAUUGCAGUUGUGGUUGCUGACAGUCAGAAAUCUGCUGAUGUGGCUGCAAGAACGGCCCUCGUUGAAUAUGACACUGAAAAUGUAGGUUCUCCCAUUUUAACCGUUGAGGAAGCUGUUGAGAAAUCUAGUUUUUUCCAAAUCCCGCCACCUAUGUUUCCAAAACAGGUGGGUGAUUUCUCAAAAGGAAUGGCUGAAGCUGAUCACAAGAUUCUCUCUGCUGAGAUAAGACUCGGUUCGGAGUACUAUUUUUAUAUGGAGACACAGACUGCCCUAGCAAUUCCAGAUGAAGACAACUGCAUGGUUGUUUAUACUUCAAGCCAAAACCCCGAGUACGCGCAUCAAGUGAUUGCCAGUUGUCUUGGUAUUCCCGAACACAAUAUCCGUGUAAUUACUAGAAGGGUUGGAGGUGGCUUUGGGGGCAAGGCAGUCAGAGCAAUGCCUGUUUCCACAGCCUGUGCACUUGCAGCAUACAAGUUAAGACGACCUGUCAGGAUAUAUGUCAACCGGAACAGUGACAUGAUAAUGACAGGAGGACGACACCCGAUGAAAGCAACGUAUAGUGUAGGAUUCAAGUCGAGUGGAAAGAUCACAGCAUUACAUCUUGAUAUAUUGAUAAAUUCCGGGAUCACAGAAGACAUAAGCCCCAUUUUACCAGCAAAUGUGAUUAAAGCACUAAAAAAAUAUGAUUGGGGUGCCUUAUCUUUCGAUGUAAAACUGUGCAAGACGAAUCUUACCAGCAAAUCAGCUAUGCGGGGCCCUGGGGAGGUGCAAGGAUCUUAUAUAGCUGAAGCUAUAAUAGAGCACGUAGCGGGGUUACUCUCGAUGGAGGCGGACUCAGUCAGAAGCAAAAAUACCCAUACAUUUGAAAGCCUUAACUUAUUCUAUGAUAACAUUGUAGCAGCAGGAGAAUAUACAUUUCCUAGUAUCAUGGAUAAGUUGGUCGUGUCCUCGAACUUUUUCCAACGAAGCAAGAUGAUAGAACUGUUUAACCAGAAAAACAUAUGUAAGAAAAGGGGUAUUUCUCGAGUGCCAACUUUUUUCGAAGUUACCCAACGACCGACCCCAGGAAAAGUCAGUAUUCUGCUAGAUGGGUCGAUCAUUGUAGAGGUUGGAGGGAUUGAAAUUGGCCAAGGGCUAUGGACAAAGGCAAGACAGGUUACUGCCUAUGCUCUUGGUUUAAUUGAAAGUAGUUGGGCCGAAGACCUCGUGGAGAAAGUACGGGUCAUACAAGCAGACACCUUAAGCGUAGUGCAAGGCGGGGUAACGGCUGGAAGUACUACAUCGGAAUCAAGCUGUGAAGCUGUUAGACUUUGCUGUAAUGUCUUGGUCGAAAGACUGACCCCUCUGAAGAAACAGUUGCAGGAACAAAAUGGCUCUGUUGAUUGGCCAACGUUGAUUCGACAG